AUGGGCGACGAGUUUGUGCACGUCCAGGAGUGGGCGCCCGGCUACUCUGGAUACCAGAAGGUCUGGGAGGAGGCCUUCUGGGGCAACCCCGGCCAGUUGGUCGAUGAGAACAACUGGAACAUUGUCACUGACAUCCACGUCAACAACGAGUGGCAACAGUACACCCGCUCCAACCAGAACAUCCAGAUCAGCGGCGGCGGCACUGUCCAGCUCGUUCCCCGUAUCAACAACGGCCAGUGGACGUCGGGCCGCCUCGAGUCCAAGUACGUCUUCACUCCUCAAGCCGGCCGCCGCACCCUGGCCGAAGCCCGCAUCCGGUUCGGCAACGCGCCCCAGGCCAACAAGAGGGGCAUGUGGCCCGCCUUCUGGCUUCUUGGAGACAGCAUCCGCCAUGGCGUCAACUGGCCUGCCUGCGGUGAGAUCGAUGUCAUGGAGCGCGUCAAUGGCGAGUGGUCUGCCUUUGGUACUGUCCACUGCGACCGCGAGGGUGGCGGUUCCUGCAACGAGCCCUAUGGUAUCUCUGCCAGGACCGGUCUGGCCAACGACGACUGGCACAACUGGCGCGUGGUCUGGGACCGCACCUCCAACAACUGGAGAGACCAGUCCAUCACCUGGUACCUCGAUGGCAACCAGUUCCACCGUGUCUCUGGUAACAGCCUCAACAACGAGGCCGCCUGGAGAGCUCUUGGCCAGAGCCCUGUCUUCUUCAUUCUCAACCUCGCUAUUGGUGGCAACUUGCCUGGCAACCCUGACGGCAACACCUGGGACUCCUUCGGCAACAUGAUGGAAGUCUCCUACGUGGCCCACCACGUCUCCGUCUAA